AUGGAUAAAAUUGCUACCAGAGUGCCAAUGCCGACCAGGAACUCUUGUCAAGUACGAAAUCUAUCCAUGCAGCUCGGUAAGUUAACAGGUUAUCCAACGUCGAUCCGUCCGUCGGAACGUGAAAUUCGAAAUGCACGACUUUCCGAUCAGAAUCUGGAGAUUGCCAUGCAUAGCCUCCACCGAGAUGGGCUAGUUGUUAUUGAGAAUGCUAUACUGCACGAUUGUCUCGAUCGGCUGAACGAGAAAAUGGUACAGGACGCUUAUACUCUCCAGGCGAGGAAAAGAGAUAGUCCAUACAACUACAAUCCUGGAAAUAUUCAGCAAGAUGCUCCUCCAGUCAAGAAAUAUUUUGAUACAAGGAUCUUCAUGAAUCCUAUUGCAACCCAGAUCACUUCGACAGCAUUGGGUCCACGACCAAAAUGGACAUUCUGUUCCGGAAACACUGCGAUGCCACCAACCGCAGACCAUCCGCCUAUGUCGCAGCCAGUUCAUUCGGAUGCAGAUUUUGCUCACCCCGAUCACCCGUUCGCAUACGUGAUCAAUGUUCCUCUGAUUACUAUGAGCCCUGAAAAUGGUUCAACUGAAAUUUGGCUAGGGACCCAUACGGACACUGGACUUCAUGUGCAAGAAGGAAAACAUGGUGAGCGAGCAAGCGGGCGGGUUCGUAUAGAAGAACUUGAAAAGCGCCGGGCAACCGGACCUCCCUGCCAGCCUGUUGUGCCAAGGGGUUCUCUCGUUGUCAGAGAUUUGCGGCUCUGGCACGCUGGGAUAGGGAACCAAACUGAGAUACCACGAGUAAUGCUGGCUAUGAUUCAUUUUGCCCCGUGGUACCGUAACGCUAUGAAGCUGGAGUUGGCGGAUGAUCUGAAACCAACCAUUGAAAACCAAAGCGAUCUCGAUGUUCCGGUGAACUGGGUCAGUGAGUCGGAAGCUAUGUCGCGUUACUUGAAUCGUGGCUUCGGCAAUGCAUAUGAUUUCAACCAAAGUUCUUGA